AAUAGCCACGACCAUCACGUCAUCCCACAACAUAAACCAUAAAUAAAUAUAUAAAACAUACAUUAAGCAUCAAUUCAAUGAUAAUAAGAACAAUGAUAAAUUUUUAAAAGGAUAAAUAUGGCAUGCGAUGUACUCAUAAGGAAGUUUGAACAUUGAAGUCGCUAGUCAGCAUCUGUUCGAGAGAAGAGAUGGUUUGGCCAAUUAGGUCCAGAAUAAGUUCACUUCUCUGUUCAAAGGCACCUUUGGUGGGUUCAUACGUCUAUGACUCAUGGUGGUGCUCACGCUUUUCUGUUCAACGGCCUUGGCCAAAAUUUAUGGAUUGUGUAAAAACGGACCGUUGCCGUGCAGCAGCAUCGUUGCCUUGGUUAAAGGAGAAACAGCCAGAGGAUCCUGGUAUUUGUGUCAGACUCGGUCGAGAAAACAAAGGUCUUGAUGAAGGGAAUAUGGCUGAAAUUGAUGGCUAUCAAAAUUUGUUUGGUUUGAUGAAACAGAGAUUUCUGAAUUUCAAGAACCAAAAAUACAGAAAAGAGUUGGAGCAUUUUCAAGCUCUUGCUGAAGCUCAGUAUCCCAAGUUUAUGGUAAUUGCUUGUGCAGACUCUAGGGUAUGCCCCUCUAACAUAUUAGGGUUCCAACCUGGAGAAGUCUUUAUGAUACGCAACGUUGCCAAUCUUGUACCUGGAAUGAAGAAUGGAGCAUCAGAAUGUAAUGCUGCUCUUGAGUUUGCAGUAACUACUCUUAAGGUUGAGAAUAUAUUAGUCAUUGGUCACAGUAGGUGUGCUGGAAUUGAAACUUUGAUGAAUAUGCCAGAAGAUGUAGAAUCAAGAGUUCAUCCAUCCUCUAGAAACUUCAUACACAAGUGGGUUGCCAAUGGAAAACUUGCCAAACUGAGGACAAAAGCUGCUACAGCUCAUCUUAGCUUUGAUCAGCAAUGCAGAUUCUGUGAGAAGGAAUCUAUCAACCAAUCAUUAUUGAACUUGCUGAGUUAUCCUUGGAUAGAAGAUAGAGUGAGAAGAGAGCUGCUUUCUCUUCAUGGAGGACAUUAUAAUUUCUCCAAUUGCUCGUUUGAGAAAUGGACUCUUGAUUUCAAAGCAUGCAAUUUGCGAGAAGAAGGAAGCAGUUAUGUUGUCAAAGAACAAGAAUUCUGGUGCUGACUCUUGCUACAUCAGCAAGCUUGAAAAUUCAUGAGGAUGAAGUCAAAUUCAAUUGUGGUGUACAUUAUACAACUCAAUAAAUCUUAUGUCAAAUAUAGUCUCUGCCUGAAAAUGAUUUAAAGGAAUGCUUGAUGUGGAAUUGCCGAUUCAGCUUUGUUAUGAUUGUAACAUUUAAGGAAGCUACUGUAUCAAUUACAGUCUUAUUUUAGGUAGGAAUCCUAUCAAUCAUAAAUUUAUUAAAUUUUAUAA